CCGUCAAGUUCACACGUCAUUUUCCUUAUCAAUCGCUUAUCAAAUCAACCAGUCUCGUCACGGCCGAUUCGAGUGGAGAUGUAAAUUCUUCUUAUUUGAAGAACCUAAAUUAGUAGUUCCACUCUUACAUAACCCUCCAGUAUCCAGUUCCACAAGCUUUCAUCCAGCAAAAUGUCGAAAGUGUACAAAUUAGCCGUCACAGCUGCCGACAGAUUCGUCCCCUCCAAACUACGUCCGCUAUGGGAGCAUGAAGCUGGUCCGAAAACCAUAUUCUUCUGGGCCCCUGCCUUCAAAUGGGGUUUGGUGAUAGCUGGGUUGGGUGACUUGAAUCGGCCUGUCGAGACUUUGUCCAUACCCCAGUCCGCGUCCCUAGCAGCCACCGGACUCGUCUGGUCCCGGUACUCCCUUGUAAUCAUCCCAAAGAACUACAGUUUGUUUGCGGUCAAUGUGUUCGUAGCUAUAACCAAUUUAUACCAGAUCGGUAGGGCAUUUAAACACCAGCAGUCUCUGAAAAAUAAACAAGCCUAAAGCUAUUAUACGAUUUUGGUUGCUGUUCGCUUAUUAUCUGUUUAUUGUUAAGAAUUUAGCGCAAAAUGGUUAGGUAUAGUGCCAAAAUUUGUUAUAAGGCAUUGAAAUAUAUUUAUAAUAGCACCAAAAUCGUAUGUAGCCAGCACUGCGCUUAGAUUAGAAAGGGAAUAGACAAUUUUGUUAAAUAUUGUGUAGGCUAGAAAAUCAAUCUCAAUGGGUAUUUAAAGUAAGUGUCUUAUUUAUUUUUAGAAUACAAACCACUUAUACACGCGCUCAAGUAGCUGCACUUUUAUAAAAAUGUGGUUUUAGCAUAAAACCAACUUGUACUGUUUUUCGAUAGGAGAUUUCUUUGGACACAAUUUUUUCGGAAACCUUGAAUUUAACAAUUUUUGAAAUUGUUGUUUAGAUAGAGUUAAUGAAUAUAGCGUCAUUCGUCCAAUAUUGCGCGAAUUAUAUCGCGCAGGCCCAUUAUUGAUUAAUGCUAAUCUAUCGAAACAUAUUUCGGACUAAAUUACGUAGUAUUAAAAUUGAGACUCAAAUUGUUAACGUUUUUAGCUAAAAGUAACGUGAUAAAUUAAAUAGAUAGGUAUUCGCUCUACUUAAAUUGUAUUAUACAAAGGGGGAAUUAUAAAACAGUAACAUUCAGUUAUGUUGUUUUAAAAACAAAUACCCCGUCUCUUCAAUCAGCCUCAUCAACCUGGGAUUAAUAUAGUAAAGUAGGUAGAGCUAAUUUAUAAAAUCGUAUUUAUCACGGCUUUUCUAAAUUCUAAGAAGUGAUUUAAUUUAUUCGGUGCUCUAAAUUAAGGUAUAAGUGGUUGUUCCAUGCUAUUGUGAUAUGAUACGUAAGGACAUCAAGUUUAUGAUGAUAGUUUGUGCCCGAUGCAAGCAAAGAAUUUUAUUAAGAGAUUUUUCUAAGGGUUGGAAACUUUAUUGGGUCUAAAAACUAAAGACCUAGAAAAAAGUUAUUUUAAAUUAAGGCCUAAUUUUAUACAUUGCCGGAAAGAAAAACAUUAAUAUAAUGUUAAAUCUUAAUUACACAGGCCGAAUUUUAAUAAGUAUAGGUUUUGUUGUUUAAAAUUGGCCCUGAAUUCAGCCUUUUGUCUAUAUUCUCAUUUUUUUUUCUUUUCUUGCAUCGUAUGCAAAAACAGUGUAGGUAAUUCUAGUAACAUGCGGGUAUACAAAACAUACCUUUGUAAAUCAAAUGACACAUUAAAAUAUAUAUUUUGUAAAAAUAUUGUUUAUUUUUGUAAUACCUUUUACAAGUGCAAAAUAUAUUUAUUAUUUAAUGA